AUGAAUUUCGACGGAAAUCCCCAUGUCACACAAUUACUGAAUAUUCCUACUCAACACCAACAAAAUCCCGUCAACACUAAUCCCUUCACGUCAGGCAACAUAGCAAUAGUAGAGGCUGAAUCGUCGGUCCAACAGCACCAACAAACACAAACACUCGUUCCUCCGGUGAGUAUACAGCUUGCAGUCGGCUCAAUUUUUCAAAAUUGGGAAAAUGUGGAUGAAUUUCUUGAUCAGUAUGGACGUGAACAAGGAUUUGUGGUAAGGAAGAAACGGGUUGAACGUGAUGAACUAGGAAUUGUGCGAAAACGAACGUAUGACUGUGAGCAUGGAGGAAGAUAUACACCAAAAAAGAAGGCGGCACUUCAUGAACAACGUAAUCGAACUUCGAAACGUAUUCAAUGCAAUUGGCAUAUCAAUCUCUCUUAUCCUAAAACUAGUGCACAUAUAACCGUUACUACAUUUUAUCAAAUAGUAACAACGGCGACACCCACAAUAAACAACGCAUCAACGAUAUCAAAUAACAUCAAUAAUAUCAUCAAUAACAGCAGCAACGCUGAUAAUCUAAGUUACAAUCACGCUACUCAUAAUACGUCACCAAGAUAUCGAAGUGUAGUGGAAGCAGCGUCAACCGCAAAAAAUCGAACUUUACCCAAAGCGGUACUCGAAGAUAUAGAAUUCUAUACACGUCAUGGCAAUCUCGGCGUCACUACACAACGUCAACUAUUAAAAGCAAAAUAUCCAAAUCAUCAAUUGCCUGCACGUGAUGUCGCUAACGCAGUUCAAAGAAUCAAAGGAGGCACCGAGAAAAGUGUUGACAAUGACGCGGCAAAAUUAUGGAUUUGGGAAUUGGCGAGAAAAGCCACGCAAAUUGCAUUAGAUCAACAGGAUAACAAACUGGAGGAUUUGUUGCGACAGUAUAUCAGAGAAAAAGACGAUCGUGUUCGAUCAGAAAUUAUUCAGCAAUAA